AUGAAUAACGAUCCAAAGAUACCAGUACAAGUCAAUCCAGAUGAAGACACAGAGUGGAAUGAUAUACUACGUGCCCAUGGUGUAAUACCAGAAAAGCCACCAAGUCCAACACAACAAUUAGAAGAAGCAUUAGAUGAAGCAGUAAGAAGACAGCAUGAUAAUAGAUUAGAAAAUAAAGAUCUUGACGAAUUGGAUGCAUUAGAAGAUGAAGAAGAUGAAGAAUUUUUAAAUUUUUACAAGCAGAAAAGAAUGAAUGAAAUUAAAAAAUUAUCAGAAAAGAAAAAAUUUGGAUCAGUUAUACCUAUCUCCAAAAAUGAAUAUGAAGAUGAAGUGACCAAAAGUUCAAAAGAUACAUAUGUAAUAGUUCAUCUAUCAUUACAAUCAAAUUUACAAAGUAGAUUACUAAGUUCAUUGUUAAUUGAAAUUGCAAGAAAAUUCCCAGAAUUAAAAGUAUGUGAAAUUCCAGCUCAACGAUGUAUUGAAAAUUAUCCAGAGUCAAAUUGUCCAACUUUGAUCAUAUAUCAUAAUGAAAAUGUGUUGAAGCAAUAUAUUACAUUAACUCAAUUGGGUGGGAACUCAACAACUUUACAAGAUAUAGAAAAAGUUUUGGUUGAUUUGGGAGCAAUAAAUGAAAAUGAUAAAAGAUUGGUUGUAAAUGAUGAAGAUGAAGAUUUACAAGAAUUCAGAAGGCUAAGAUUUGCUAAAAAAUCAGUUAGACAAGAUAAUAAAGACGAUGAAGACGAUGAUGAUGAUUUUUAUGACUAA